ACGACGCGCGGUGCGGGAGUGUAGAGCUGUGUUCGAAAGUUUCUCCGGUGCCGGUACUACGAAAACGUCAAAUGUCAACCGGCCAAUUCCGCGCGAAAUUUCUCCCAGUGUUAAUACGACUUAAAUGUGUGUGAUGAGGGAAGAUGUGUAUCUAGUGAUCCGAGUCAGCUGGAAUAAUGCCGUUCGUCCAGCGUGUUGUGAGUCCCAAGUUCUUGAGCAGGGUUAGCCUCCACGACGAUGAAGGGAAACCUAAGAUCAAGGACGGAGAGUUGGAGGCCGUCACGAACUUCACACUGAGCAGUGCUCUCAGGCAACUCGCCUCGGUCGUCUUGAUCGCGAACGACAUUUUUGAAGGGCUUAACAAACAGCUGGAGGAUGUUACGGAACGCACGGGUAGACUCCGGGUGCGCCUCAACUCCGUGGAGGAGAGGGUCAACAGCUACGAUCCGAAGAUGGUCACAGUCCCUGAAGGUGACCUGACCGUGUUCUCCGCCAGGUGUCACCACUUCACUGCCCCCCAGGCGCUGACCACGGGUCUCUUCACGCCGGCCAGCCGCCCCGAGCCGGUCCGCCGACUCUACGCCAACGCCGCCCCGACCCCUGUCCGCGUGAUGAGAGCCCUGGACCGCCACCGGGCGGACGGUACCCGCAGCUCCAAGUACUUCAGCGUUACCCCCGUCCUUGGCGCCAACAGGAAGUGGAAGCAAGGCAUCGAUAUCGAGACCCGAGUGGUGAGUCAUCCUUUAGCUCUAAUCGCGAGGGAAACGAAUCAAUGAAAGCAAUCCUUUAACAUUACUACCGUACACUGUAUGGACAUAUUUCAUCACACGAAACUGUACUAUAUGCUAUAUAUAUAUUCUCUAACCCAAGUGUAACAUUUUUAAUUUGGUCGAAGACUACACUAUAUAAAGGGUGACAUGAUAUAGGAUAUAUUUGUAUCGGAUACAAGUUGUAGGUUUGAAAAAAAUAAACCACUACUUUACGAGGAUUGGAAACUAUACUCUUCUUUAGGUAUCAAAAUCUCAAUACCCAAAGAUAUACAAAUAAACAAAAAUUUUUGACGAUGAAAUCAA